AUACAGGAUCCCCUACUUUGAGGCCAAAAAAGCCACUGAGUGAUCAUGGGCGUGGAAGAAGGCUCAUCCCCUUGCGAUGGAGAGGCUCAGGCCGCGCAGCUGCGGUCGCAGGCCUUCGAUCGCAAGCAGCAGCAGCGUGGUGGCUGGAUCACUUUUCCGUUCAUCGCAGCAACUAUGGCGGGCCUAACGCUGGCGGCGGGAGGAUGGAUUAACAACUUCAUAGUGUUCAUGAUCGGGGAGUUCAAUGUGAAAAGCAUCGACGCUGCCCAGCUCUGGAACGUGGUUAACGGCUGCACAUCUAUGUUUCCGGUCGUAGGAGCAAUCGUCGCCGACUCCUUCCUAGGAAAUUUCUCUGUCAUCUGUAUUUCUUCCCUCUUCUCUCUCCUGGGCAUAAUCCUUCUACUCCUCUGUUCCACGAUCGACUCGCUGAGGCCUCCACCAUGCGAUCAAAACGGACCCAACUCAUGCAUCACAGCGUCAAGACUCCAACUCUCCAUCCUGUAUCUGGCCAUAACCCUCGCAACCAUCGGCGUGGGAGGCACACGCUUCACCAUCGGCGCGUUGGGCGCCGAUCAAUUCGACGACCCAAGACACCAAGGGAGUUUCUUCAACUGGUACUUGUUCACACUCUACACCUCGUCGGCGAUAAGUGCCACCGCCGUUGUGUACGUCGAAGACAACGUGAGCUGGGGGUGGGGUUUCGGUAUCUGUGCUGCGUCUAACGUGGUUGGGUUGGCUAUUUUCGCAUCGGGGGGCCGGUUUUACCGUCCUGUUAAGCCGAAGGGGAGCCCGUUCACGGGCCUGGCUCGGGUGGUUGUUGCGGCUGUUCGGAAGAGGAAUGUGGUGGUUUCAAGCAAAAGUGAAGACUAUUACGAUAGAGCAGAUAAUGGAGGGGUUAAUUUAGUUGCUGCAACACCAACUGGUGCUUUCAAGUUUCUGAAUCGAGCAGCACUGCUAACCGAAGGAGAUACCAAACCGGACGGCUCGAUUGCAAAAUUGUGGAAGCUAUGCACAUUGCAACAAGUAGAAGAUCUAAAAACCCUGAUCAGAAUCUCCCCGCUCUGGUCAACCGGCAUCUUGUUGAGCACCCCACUCGCCGUCCAAAUGAGCUUAGCUACCCUCCAAGCCAUCACCAUGAACCGCCACAUUGGUCCACAUUUUAAAAUCCCAGCAGGUUCAAUGUUGGUCUUCAUAAUGGUCUCCUGUUGCAUCGCCUUAAUCUUCAUAGAGAGGUUCUUCUUCCCCAUGUGGCAAAAAGUCGCCGGCCGGUUUCCCCCACCACUCCAACGAAUAGGAAUUGGCCACGUGUUAUGUGCCCUCAGCAUGGCAGUUUCAGCUAUAGUGGAAUCGAAACGGCUAGAAAAGGCUCACAAUAUUGGUGCAAAUUCAAUUGUUCCCAUGUCAGUCUUAUGGCUAGUACCACAACUAGCCCUAGCCGGAAUGGGGGAGGCAUUUCACUUUCCAGGAAAUAAUGCGUUCCUUUAUCAGGAGUUUCCGCUUGCACUGAAAAGUACGGCGACGGCAAUGGUGGCUAUGAUGAUAGCGAUAGCGUUUUAUCUGAGCACGGCUGUGGUGGGGAUAGUGCAGAAAGUGACGAAUUGGUUGCCGGACAAUAUAAAUGAGGGGAGGAUGGAUAAGGUGUACUGGGUGUGUUUUGGACUUGGGGGGGUUAACUUUGUGUAUUACUUAGGGUGUGCUUGGUUUUACAAGUAUCAAGGUCUUGCCAAGGUAGCAGAUGAAAAUAAAGCUUGAUAUGCCUUUAGAUGCAUACGGUGGUUUUGUAUCUCUAUUACUGUAUCUAUCAGUUAUAUAUGCUUGCAGCUUAUUUUGAGAUGUGAUUCAUAAAAUUCAUGUAAUGAAUUUUCUCUCCAUGGAAUAUAUUUCCCUAGAGAAA